AUGCCGGCCCUCCUGCUGCUCGGGACCGUCGUGUUGCUGGCCUCGGCCGCCGGUCAGGCCGGGGCGCGCCCGUCCAACGCCUCGAGCGCCGCGCCCCCGGGCCCGCUACCCGCGCUGCUGGCGCACCUGCGGCGCCUGACGGGGGCGCUGGCGGGCGGCGGGGGCACGGCGGGCCCCGGAGCCAACACCACCAGGUCGGGACCCGCGGGCGGCGCGGGCGCAGCGGCACGAGCGCCCCCUCCGGCCGAGCUCUGCCACGGCUACUACGACGUCAUGGGCCAGUACGACGCCACCUUCAACUGUAGCACCGGCUCCUACCGCUUCUGCUGCGGCACCUGCCACUACCGCUUCUGCUGCGAGCACCGCCACAUGCGCCUGGCGCAGGCCUCCUGCUCCAACUACGACACGCCACGAUGGGCCACCACGCCGCCGCCGCUAGCUGGGGGCGCUGGGGGCGCCGGGGGUGCGGGCGGAGGGCCAGGGCCUGGCCAGGCCGGGUGGCUGGAAGGGGGCCGGACAGGGGGUGCCGGAGGGCGCGGGGGCGAGGGUCCCGGGGGCAGCACGGCCUACGUGGUGUGCGGGGUCAUCAGCUUUGCCCUGGCCGUGGGCGUCGGUGCCAAAGUGGCCUUCAGCAAGGCGUCGCGCGCGCCCAGGGCGCACCGGGAAAUCAACGUGCCCAGGGCUCUGGUGGACAUUCUGAGGCAUCAGGCAGGGCCUGGGACCCGCCCGGACCGGGCCCGAAGCAGCUCCCUGACGCCUGGGUUAGGGGGUUCUGACAGCAUGCCCCCUAGGACGCCCAAGAACCUCUACAAUCCCGUGAAGCCCUCCAAUCUAGAUAACCUGCACCACAACUACCUGCACCUCAACGUCAACAGUCCCAAGCACCACGCAGCCACACUGGACUGGCGGGCCAUGCCACCACCCAGCCCCUCCUUGCACUACUCCACGCUGUCCUGCUCUCGGUCCUUCCACAACCUUUCGCAUCUGCCCCCAUCCUAUGAGGCUGCCGUGAAAUCUGAACUGAACCGCUACUCCUCCCUCAAGAGGCUGGCCGAGAAAGAUCUGGACGAGGCCUACCUGAAGCGCCGGCACCUGGAGAUGCCCCGCGGGACGCUGCCCCUGCACGCACUGCGGCGACCUGGCACCGGGGGCGGCUACCGCAUGGAUGGCUGGGGUGGCCCAGAGGAGCUGGGCCUGGCACCUGCGCCCAACCCGCGGCGGGUCAUGUCCCAGGAGCACCUGCUGGGCGAUGGCCGGGCCUCGCGCUAUGAGUUUACGCUGCCUCGUGCUCGCCUGGUGUCGCAGGAACACCUGCUCCUGUCCUCACCCGAGGUCCUGCGCCAGAGCCGAGAGCACCUGCUGUCGCCUCCGCGCAGCCCCGCGCUGCCCCCUGAGCCCACCACCCGGGCAGGCCUGGCCGCCUCGCACUCCAACCUGCUGCUGGGGCCUGGGGGGCCCCCCACGCCGCUGCAUGGGAUGCCACCAUCGGGCCUGCACGCCCACCACCACCACGCCCUGCAUGGCUCGCCUCAGCCCGCCUGGAUGUCUGAUGCGGGCGGGGGUGGAGGCACGCUGGCCCGCAGGCCGCCCUUUCAGCGCCAGGGCACCCUGGAGCAGCUGCAGUUCAUCCCUGGCCACCACCUGCCCCAGCACUUGCGCACUGCCAGCAAGAAUGAGGUGACUGUCUGA